AUGCCUUCUCUCGUCGGAAAAGAAGUCGGGCCCACCGGCUAUGGUACUAUGAGGAUGACCUGGCAGGCCAACCCACCGGCCCAGGAAGUCUGCUUUGGGAGUCUGAACAAGACCCUCGAGCUGGGCGCCAACUUCUGGAACGGUGGCGAGCUCUACGGCACUCCGGAUUACAACUCCAUGCACCUGUUGAACAAGUAUUUCACCAAGUUCCCUGAGAACGCAGAGAAAGUGGUUCUCAGCGUCAAAGGCGGCUUGAAGCCUGGCCAGCUAGUACCAGAUGGGUCUGAGGAGAAUAUCCGCCGAAGCGUGGAUGAAUGUCUGCGUUUGCUGGAUGGCAAGAAGAAGAUUGAUAUCUUCGAGUGUGCGCGACAGGAUCCGAAGUUCCCGGUAGAGCACACCGUGGAGGUCCUCGCACAGUAUGUCAAGGAGGGCAAGAUCGGAGGCAUUGGAUUAAGUGAAGUGGAUGCCGAGACGAUUCGGAAAGCACACAAGGUGCACCCAAUUGCCGCCGUUGAAGUUGAGAUGUCACUCUGGUCGACAGAUAUCCUGGAGAAUGAUAUCGCGAAGACAUGUGCCGAGCUGAAUAUCCCUGUUGUGGCCUACUCGCCGCUGGGGCGCGGCGUCCUGGCCGGUGCAGUUACCUCGCUCCAAGACAUUCCCGAGGGCGACUUCCGCCGGAGGAUGUCCCGGUUUCAGGAGGAGAACUUCCAGCAGAACUUGAAGCUUAUCAACGAAGUUAACAGCCUCGCUUCACGGAAGGGAAUGGCUCCGUCUCAAAUUGCCUUGGCCUGGAUCCUCAGUCUCAGCGGCAAGCCCGGCAUGCCCACUAUCAUCCCCAUCCCCGGCGGCACCACCACGGACAAGGUAGUCCAGAAUAUGGUCGGAGUGAAAUUGCUCACAGAAGACGAGCUAGCGGAAGUGGAUGCAAUCUUGAAGAAGCAUACUGUUGCUGGGCCACGGUAUUAA